UCAACAUUCACAAUCAACGUUAAUAUAUUUUAAAUAAAAUUGUUUAAAAAAUUAAGAAAGUUUGAAACCAAAUAUAUUUGAUUUGAUUUUUGAUUGCGUUACUGUGACGUAACUUUGUUGUCAAAAAGGCAUAAGCAAGAAAUUUCAACAAUGCCUGAGAAACAAGCACACCUUCCUGAUCGCCCGUCAAUUUUCCUAUUAAUCGGCGUCGUAAUUCACAAAUAAACCAACCGAGCAUGAAAAAAAUAAUGGAUGAUCCGCCGGCGUCAACCCGGAAGGCUGGAGCGCGCCGAACUUUAGUCAAAUUUGCGGAAGGAGAGAAAGUAGCGUGGAGGGAAGUUGUGUCGCGGAAAAAAGCGACGCGAAUGGACGGACGACUUCCUCUCGGUGGACACUUGCCUCCAACGGUUGUUAUAUAUAGUGGUGGUUGGCGCGAUGGACGACAUCAGUCCCAGGUUGACAUGAUCGGCAGGCACGCCAGGGCGGCUUCGGCCGGAAUGAUCCUCUGCGCGGCUCUCGCCCUCGCAGGAGUGGCCCACAUGGAUGAUAUGGAGGACACUUCUGUGGUCGAGUCAGUUAUCAGUGAAGUGCAGGUGCGUCCUCCGACUGACCUGUUUGAAGCGGCAAGUUCAUCCAGCAAAGGCUCGGGCGGAGACAAAGGUGGCAAAAAAGAGUCCAGUUACCACAAUUCGAAGUCAUUCAAGGGCGACAAUGGGUACAAGAAGAGCGACAGCUUCGACAAGGCGGACGGCGACACGUGGGGCCACGAAAGCCACACGAGCACCGGCAAGAAGGGUGGCGGCGAGGACGGGGGAUCGUGGAAGGACAGCGGCACCUGGGCCAGCAGCCACUCGUCGGACGAUGACGAUGGCGGCCACGGCGACUACGGCGGGAUUGGCGCGCACAGCCACAAAAUCAGCCAGGGCAAAGGCCUGUUUUCCUACGAAGACGAAGAAGAGUCAGAGGAUGCGAGUAAAGACGCGGCGGGCAGUGAAGAGGGCGACGGUGGACAUGGAAGUUUCAGUGAAAUGUACGACUCAUUUUUAUCAAAAUUCGACGAUGACGAGGAGGACGAUGAGGAAGAUGAAGAUGAGGAGUGAAUAAAUUUUUAAAUUUAAUGGAUUUUUUUAUGAACUGCAAGUCGAGAGGCGGGCGACACAUGAUAAAUGUUGAUCCGUUGAAUUUUUAAUCUAAAGGGGGGCAAAAGUGUUUUUGACCACUAAAUGCAGCCCUAAUUCACGAAGGAAAUUAUAUUUAAGAAAUAAAAUUUAAUUAAAAAGGCACUUUUAAAACUUAAAACAUAUCUAUGAAUAAAUCUAGCCAAGCUCUUACUUUAAAUAUAAACAGUUUAUUAACGAAAAACAAAUCGGGUGCAUCAAUAAUUAUAAAAAUCAUUGCAAAUUUGAUACCUAAAGUGGAUCCAGCUAUUUUUCUCAGUUGGCAAAACAAAAUUCCCGUAGGAUGAAAUGUGAAAUUUUACUACAUCAAAUCAGGAGAGUAAUCCCUAAAACCAUCUUUUUUUUCUUUUUUCUAGAUAUAAUUUCCAUAUAAAAUCACGGUCAAAAAAUAAUACUGAGGAGUACUUAAGCCACUUAAGCAAUGAGUGAGCGUCCGAACGCGGAAAAUAUGAGCGCUUUGUGCAAGUUAAAUGGUUGAGCGCAUUCUGCACACUGAACGGGUAUUUUUUUUUCUCUCUUUCUCUCUAAUGCGGCUAAACUUUGUGACAUUUGAACGGAUCAAACGGUGUCGCCUCAGUCUGUUAACUUUUCAGCAGAAAAUUACCAAAGCAAAAAACGAGGUGACAACAUUUCCUUGUGAAAUUUUCUUAACUUUUCUUUCUGUCAAAUGUAGUGAAGCUAAAUUUUAACAAUUUUUUCAAGUUUAUCUGACAAAUA